UGCAACAUUUGCUGCACUUACGGCAAGAUAAAAAUGAAAAAAAAUAUCAUGCUUUUAAAUUCGACGUUUAAAUGAAUAUUGUGAUAUUAUUUGAGCAGGACUUCACCUUUUUUAAUUUUCAGAUAUGUUGAUGGUUUCAGUUUAGCACUCAAUCCUAUUUGCAAGUUACUGCGACCGACUGCAAACGUAGUAACAUUAUUUUGAAGUCGGUGUCAUCACACAGAUACCAACAUGGGACGCCGUUCAAUUAACACCACUAAAAGUGGGAAAUAUAUGAAUCCCACUGAUCAAGCCAGAAAAGAGGCAAGAAAGAGAGAAUUAAAAAAGAACAAGAAGCAGCGUAUGCUAGUACGACAGGCUGUAUUAAAGGGGAAAGAUCCUCUACAGUUACUCACAGAGAUGGAAAUCAUAGACAAGAUGGAAUAUAAUCCAGUGGAAGCACCAUUACUGAAUGAAAAAGUGCUAAAAGAUAAAAGAAGAAAAUUGAAGGAGACUUUCCAGAGAGUUGUCAGAUUAUAUGAAAAAGAGAAUAUGGACUAUUCUAAAGAGUUGAAGAAAGCAGAAUAUGAUUAUGAAAAGAAAAGACUUAAGCUUCAGCUUUAUUUUGAACAAGUAAAAAAUGCCGAGCGUGUACAGCUAGACCAGAUUCCAUUACCAGAUAUUCCACAACAGUUGACAAUACCAUCAAUGAUACCUUUACCAAAUGAAAUACCACUGCCGUCACUUGAUAAACUUCCACAUGGAAUAUUGAAGAAAACCUCAGGAUUCAGAGAGAUAUCCAUGAUGGAUGUGGACCACGAAGCUCUGAGAAAGAGAAAACCUCCAGGUCCCCCUCCUGGACCCCCUCCACAACUGAGUGACAGCGAAGAUGAAGAAUAUGAUCCAGAAAAGGGUAUAGAAGAAAACAUUGGAACUGUAGAUCUUGACAUAGAACAUCCUCACGAUAGUCCUGAUGAAGACGAACAUGACCAUGAUGAUGAGGAACUUCUAGGCUCAAAAUCGAGAAAGAUCCGAUUUGUUGAUGAUGACACAAGGGACCCUGAUGAGGAAGAGAAAGAUACCAGAUUAAAGUUUAAAGCACCUAAGGGGGUGACAGCAUUACAGGCUAAAAUGUUACAAAUGGCUGGUCAGCAAAUACCAGACAAAAAGAAGGAGGCUGAGAGACGACGAGAUAGUUCAGAGAGCAGUUCAGAUUCUGAUAGCGAUGAAGAAGACAGAAGAAGGAGACGAAGACGGAGAGAUGAUGAACGGGAAAGGGAAAGAGACAAAAGGAGAAGAGAUGAUGAAGAUAAAAAGAAAGCUAGAGAUAGUCUCCCUGAUGGACCUCCUGGGGAAGAUGAGAAACAAUCACAACCAAGACUGAUGCCUCCAGGGCCACCACCAGGGGCACCACCAGGGGCUCCCCCUGGGUUACCUCCAGGACUUCCUCCAGGUCCACCUCCAGGGGCACCUCCAAUGAUGUUCAGACCUAUGAGAGGUCCAAUGCCACGUAUGUUACCACCUGGACCACCCCCUGGCAGACCAGCUGGACUUCCUCCUGGACCACCACCAGGACUACCACCAAAUGUUAGAAUGCCACCAAGGAUGCCACCUGGGCCACCCGGCCUUCCUCCUCACAGAAUGCUCCGUCCACCAGGAGCACCUCCAGGGAUGCCUCCACUCCGACUGGCUCCACCUGGUACCCAACCACUACAGAAUCCUAACGUUAUCAGUGCUCAGCCUAGUAUCAUGAAGCCUCCACAGAUAUCAUCUGAAGAAGAAAAGAAGGGAACAGCUACAAUAGAAGCUAAACCACAGAUAAAGAACGUUGGUGGAGAUGUGACAAGGUUUACUCCGGUGGCCUUGAAAAUUAAACGUGACCCUAGAGAUGCUAAAGGCAGAGUUAUUAAGAAAGCUAAAGAGGAAGAGAAGAGAAUAUCAGGAAUUGCCCCUAAAUCAGCGCCAGUGGUGGCAGCAACCCAUACAAAGACAAAGGACGAUGCUUACGAUCAGUUCAUGAGAGAAAUGGAAGAUUUAAUAUGAGGGAAAAUAAAGGACACAGUACAGAGAAUAAAUAAUUCAAACAUUGACUGGAUUAUCCCCCUUGGUUUAAAGAUCAGCCAUACCAUGGAAGCCUUCUGUUUGUUUGUAAACACAGAAAACUAUGUCACCAGACAAAAGCAUGGAUAUUGAUUUCAAAUCAAGUGUUUUAACACAAUAUUUUCUCUUUAUGUGAUACUUGUGACUUAUUUCUUGGAGAUACAGACAUUUGUUAAUGAUAUCAUGUACAGUUCUACAAAGUUCUGAGUGAUUAAGGAAGUGUAUCUGCUGUGAGGAUUGUUUAUGUUAUUAAUUCUAGUAUGAUUGAGUUUCCAAGUGAAUCAUUAUGUUUAUCAUUUCAUUGUUCUCAAAAGUUACUUAGCAAAAAUCAUUUAACUUUAUAAUAUUUUGUUUGUAUCUAUGUCUGCAUUAAUAUGUAAUGUUUAAAGUAGACAAACUUCAAAAUUUUAUAUUUUAACUUAAUCACCCAUAAAUUAAUCAUAUUUUGACCAGGAAUUAUUGAAAAACUCCCCUGUAAUAUCUUCUUAAUCAUGCCAAUGACUGAAUAUUAUGAUUGUUUCAAAACAGAGGUUAAUUCUUUUCAUGAAAAUGUACUAGCCCAAAAACAAUAAAUGCAAAUUGAAAAAAACAAAAAAACACCUGCGUGUUUUCAAUUAAAUUUUUAAUGUGUAGAUAGUGUACUGCUUUUGGGCCAAAUUAUUAGAAUUAUAGAAAAGUUUACAAACACUAAAUGAAAAUAUGGACAAUUUAUGUCAAGGUGUUAAUAAUUCAGUAAUGAAGACCUACUGGUAUGUUUUCCUGUCAGUCAAUGUCAUUAAACCAGUAGACCUUUCUGCAUGAGUCUGGUAAAUUUAAAAAUUAAAAUACUACCUUGUAAAGGUUUUUAGCCUCCCACAGUGUUCCAAUAAGUUUCAUAGUGUGUAAGUCCAUUGUCAUUUCACAGAAUAUACUUAUGCAACCACUUUUUCGUCAUUUUGUAAAUGGCAUUCAGUGAAAUAUCUUGAUCGAAGGAACAAAAAUCAGAUAGAGAACCUAGAAAUAUAUGGCUGUGAAUAAAUCACAUUUUGGCUGGGUUGAGCUGAACACUUUUUAUGGACACUUAAAAUGCAGGGAAUUGAGAAAUUCGGAAUAAUUCACCGUCGCAGAUCCAAAAAAGAUCAUAAGUGGGGGCCCAUUGACUGCCGUAAGAGGGGGCCCACUCCCGCCACUCUUCAGUGAUUCCCUAUACAAGCAACCAAAUUUUUUUCUCAUAAGGACAAAAAUCCUAAAUCCGCCUCUGAUUCAAAUAGGAAGAAAACUUCUACUUUGAGUGUUAUUUGAAGAUCAGCAUCUGUCUAGUAUUGGGGUAAUAAGUAAUUCACAAAAUCUGCUAAAACAAUCGUAUCUCAGGGGGUAACCAUAUCCACCUUUUGGGAUAUAUCCCUGCAUCAACCCAAAAUAAGUAUCCCAUGAAUAAAAUUUAAUCCAUUAUAGACAAUAAGGAUUACAAGAUCUGGUUUAUAUUAACAUCAUUUCAUAUCAUGGUCAUGUUAAACAGUUCUUAAAUGUUAAAUGUUUGAUAAGAUAGUGUUAGGUUGAAUGUUUUAGAAUGAGUGCAGGAAUUGAUUAGAAAUGGUUAAAUUUUCAUUAGGAUUUAUACUUAUUUUGAGGGUCAGUUGUGGAUGAAAAGUAGCUUGUCUUACCAUUAAAAUGUGUGAGACGUCUAAAAUGUGUGGUUGUUUUUUAAACUUGAAAAUUUUAUGAAAAACUAUGUGUACAUAUUAUGUAGUGUUUACAUAGAGCUUAUGUAUAAAUUAUAAGAU